AAUCCUACCCCCUCCACCACCCCCCGGGUUCCCUUUUGAGGACCUGCUGCUGAGGAGAGCCCACAGACAGUGACAGACAUCGGAGGGAACACACACCCGCACACAACCUGUUCACGUGCAACAAGUGUCAGCUGGAGCUCAUGACAGGACCCCAGCUCAUCUGAACAACCACAGCAGAGGUUGCAACACACAGCACGGGCUCACCCUGCCAUCUGUCCACCGGGGACCACCGGAGGCCCUGCGGCCCUACGUAUUUUUAUUUGAAGCAACUGAGCAGAAGAGGACCAAAACUUUUUCUUAUCUGCCUUCGUCAAUCACUAGAGGAGAUAUUUUGAGAGAAAAAUAAUGGAGGAUCACCUUACAAAGAUACCCAUGAUGCCAUCCUCUUCCCCCACAGAGUCAUCUGGCAGCGGUGGGACUGAUGACAGCAGGGGAGCCAAGAGUCCUGCACCGGGCAAAGCUCUGAGCCCAGCUCUGGUCUGCAAAGUGUGUGGAGACACCAGCAGCGGGAAACACUACGGCAUCUACGCCUGCAACGGCUGCAGCGGCUUCUUCAAGCGCAGUGUGAGGAGGAGACUCAUUUACAGGUGCCAGGCCGGUACAGGCAUGUGUCCAGUGGACAAGGCUCAUCGUAACCAGUGCCAGGCAUGUCGGCUGAAAAAGUGCCUGCAGGCGGGCAUGAAUAAGGACGCGGUUCAGAACGAGCGGCAGCCCCGCAGCACAGCUCAGGUCCGCCUGGACUCCAUCGAUGUGGACCCGGAGAAGGAGCACCUGGCCACCACACGGGAACCCACCUCCUCUUCCUCCUCCUCCUCUUCCUCAUCUUCUUCAUCAUCCUCCAAUGGGUCUGUCAUCACGUGGCCCCACAUCACCUCCUCCAUGUCCAUCACUUCCUCUGUUGCAACCCAGCGCUGCAUCAGUCCCCAGAACAACCACCGCUUUAUGGCAAGCCUCAUGACAGCUGAGACCUGUGCCAAGUUGGAGCCUGAGGAUGUUGAUGAAAACAUAGAUGUGACCAGCAAUGAACCAGAGCAGGCGUCUUCAGAGUACCACAUGGCUUUGUACCCGUCUGGUUCUGAAAAUGUAUACGAGACCUCAGCAAGGCUUCUCUUCAUGUCCGUGAAAUGGGCCAAGAACCUGCCCGUUUUCUCCAACCUGCCCUUCAGAGACCAGGUCAUCCUGUUGGAGGAAGCAUGGAGUGAACUCUUCCUCCUCUGCGCCAUCCAGUGGUCUUUGCCACUAGACAGCUGCCCACUGCUGUCUUUGCCAGACCUCUGCCCUGGCAUGCAGGGAAAAACCAGCUACACUAGCCUGGACCUGCGCCUCCUACAGGAGGUCUUCAGCCGCUUCAAGGCCCUCGCUGUUGAUCCUACCGAGUUCGCCUGCCUGAAGGCCAUUGUGCUCUUCAAGCCAGAGACUCGAGGUUUGAAAGAUCCAGAACAAGUGGAGAACCUGCAGGAUCAGUCGCAAGUCAUGCUGGGACAACACAUACGGUCACACUACCCUAGCCAACCAGCCAGGUUCGGAAAGCUGCUUCUUCUCCUUCCCUCUCUGCGCUUUGUGAAUUCUGAGCGGAUAGAGCUGCUGUUCUUCCACAGAACCAUUGGAAACACUCCCAUGGAGAAAUUGCUGUGUGACAUGUUCAAAAACUAAAAGAAUCACAGAGAAACCCAUGCAGUCAUCAGUAAUGUCCUGUUUUGGAUGGGAUGAUGACUGACAGAUAUUUGUUUUGUAUAUAUACAAGAGAUUCUGCAUGCUGUUGUUUGUUGUCUUCUUUUGUCACCUCCACAUCAGUUAAUUUGACAAAGAAGAAAAUGCAGUUCAGUUUUUGUCAUAAUGCGUUUUCUUUGUAUUAUAUCAAGAGUCUCUGAUUUGAAGUUAUGGUCAUACUAGUUUUGUUGUUGUUGUUUGUUUCAAUAAAAAUACUUUGUUUGGUAAUAGUGUAAUUUGUUUGGUAACGUGUGUGUGGCCCUGCUGAUGUUAAUGUGACUGUUGUAUUUAUGUUGUUACGCCUUGAAAAAGUAAAAACAAAGAAGAAAAAA